UUUGUACCUACCAGCUUAAGCUGUAAGGUUCGGCUGUGACGAAAACAGGGGAGUUGUGAUCGCGUAACAAUGCCGAAGACAUGCAUCUACCAACCACCAAUAGCGCGUGUUCCCGCUAUGCUCAAUGUCGUUACACCAGCGAGACCAGCUGCCCAAGCUCCCGACCUCGACGACCCGCCAAGUCAUCGAUCCAGUUGGCAACGACAACCUCCAGCGCAUUCGGAAACCGCAACUUGCUCGCCCUAUUGUUCCUGUUGGGCUUCUUUGCCAUUUCCGCCAUGGGUCCACGACAAGCAGUUGGGUUUUCCUGAUACAGUCAACAGCCCAAGCAAAACCGAUCUUCUCGCCAUGAGAGCGCACCCCCAAAUUACAACGAUUAUCGCGACCCUACAUCUCGCCUC